UUCCCCGUGCUGCCGAACGGCCCAACGCUGUCGGCGAAGAUGGCACUCUACAAUUUCAAGAAGAUUAUGGUGGUUCCCACCUCAAAGGACUUCAUCGACAUCACCCUGUCCAAGACGCAGCGCAAGACCCCGACGGUGGUGCACAAGCACUACCAGAUCCACCGCAUCCGUCACUUCUACAUGCGCAAGGUCAAGUUCACGCAGCAGAACUACCACGACCGCCUCACACAGAUCCUCACCGACUUCCCCAAGCUGGACGACAUCCACCCGUUCUACGCUGACCUGAUGAACGUGCUGUACGACAAAGACCAUUACAAGCUGGCCCUCGGACAGAUCAACAUCGCCAAGAACCUCAUCGACAACGUGGCGAAGGACUAUGUGCGUCUGAUGAAGUACGGAGACUCUCUGUACCGCUGUAAGCAGCUGAAGAGGGCGGCUUUGGGCCGCAUGUGCACCAUCCUCAAGAGACAGAAGCAGAGUCUGGAGUACCUGGAGCAAGUGCGCCAGCAUCUGUCCCGUCUGCCCUCCAUCGACCCAAACACCAGAACGCUGCUGCUGUGUGGAUACCCCAACGUGGGCAAGUCCAGCUUCAUCAACAAGGUGACCAGGGCAGAUGUGGAAGUCCAGCCGUAUGCCUUCACCACCAAGUCUCUGUUCGUGGGACACAUGGACUACAAAUACCUCCGCUGGCAGGUGGUGGACACCCCCGGUAUCCUGGACCACCCCCUGGAGGAGCGCAACACCAUAGAGAUGCAGGCCAUCACGGCUCUGGCCCAUCUGCGCUCAGCUGUGCUCUACGUCAUGGACGUCUCCGAGCAGUGCGGACACACACUCGCACAGCAGCUCACACUCUUCAACAGCAUCCGCCCGCUCUUCGCCAGCAAGCCUCUGAUUGUGGUGGCCAAUAAGUGUGAUGUGAAAAAGAUCAAUGAACUGGCAGAAGAGAAUCAGAAAAUCUUUGCAGACCUGGUGUCGGAAGGGAUCCCAGUGAUUGAGACCAGCACCCUCACAGAGGAGGGUGUGAUGCAGGUUAAAACUGAGGCGUGUGAUAAGCUGCUGGCGUUCCGUGUGGACUCCAAGAUGAAGGGCAAGAAGGUCCACGACGUCCUCAACCGCCUCCACCUGGCCGUCCCCAACAAGAGAGACAACAAGGAGAGGCCUCCGUUCAUCCCUGAGGGAGCUGCUCUGAGGAAGAAGGCCAUGGAAGUGGACGCCCCCAAACGCAAGCUGGAGAGGGAUCUGGAGCUGGAGCUGGGUGAUGACUAUAUCCUGGACCUGCAGAAAUACUGGGAUCUGAUGAACGCUGAGGAGAAACAGGACAAGAUCCCUGAGAUCUGGGAGGGACACAACAUAGCAGACUACAUCGACCCUGACAUCAUGAAGAAACUGGAGGCGCUGGAGCAUGAGGAGGACCUGCGUGAGCGUGCGGGCGAGUACGACUCGGACUCGUCCAGUGAGGACGAGGAGAUGCAGGAGAUCCGGCAGCUGGCGUCCCAGAUCAGGGAGAAGAGGAAGAUGAAGAUCCUGCAGUCACGAGAGAAGGAGACGAUGGGGCCACGCAUGCCCCGCACCGCCAAGAAGGUGGACAGAAGCACUCUGGAGCAGGAGAUGACUGGACUGGGCCUAGACAUGGAGGACAAAGAUCAGUCCCACUACGCUGAGGUGGCGCGUCGCUCCCGGAGCGUUGCUAAGAAACGCAAACGUGACGCAUCAGAGCCGCCCACAUCACGCACACGCAGCCAGAGCGCCAACAAGCCGCCACGAGACCAGUCCGGCCUCAGAGACGUCAAGAUGGUGAAGAAGACGAAGCUGAUGAUGAAGAGCUCCCAGAGGGGUAUGAACCAGCAGGGCCGUAAGGGCGAAGCCGACCGCCACAUCUUCAGCCUCAAGCCCAAACACCUGCUCGCAGGCAAGAGGAAGAGCGGCAGCACCAGCCGACGCUAAACACACACACACACACACACACACACACACAAGCCCAAACACCUGCUCCCAUGCAAGAGGAAGAGUGGCAGCACCAGCCGAUGAUAAACAUACACACACACACACACACACACAUACACACACACACAGUGAGAUAAUCCAGAGGUGUCUGAUGAGUGCAUUUGUAUGCUGGUGUUUUCCGUGGUGUGUGUAUGGAGUAAUUAACCCCUUCAUGUCUAUGUCUAAUAAAUCCAUUUAUAUACAUUA